UCACAUGUACUUUCUUUCACACAAUGCUUCAUUUGCACAAACAACAAACCUUCUGUUUUCUCCUUCUUCUGUUUGUGGCAGCGGUCAUAGUAUAUGGCAGAAAAACUGCUGAUGUUAGCUUCCAACAGAACUACAAGGUUGUAUGGGGAAACCGCCAUGUCUUCUUUCUACAACAUGGCAGAGAAGUUCAACUCUCAAUUGAUAAAACUUCAGGGGCUGGCUUCAGAUCAAAAUUGGACUAUGCUUCUGGGUUCUUUCAAAUGAGAAUAAAGAUACCCAACAAGGACUCUAGAGGAGUAGUCACAGCCUUUUAUCUGACUUCAAGGGUGUAUGAACACAUGGGAGAAAAACAUGAUGAAAUCGACUUUGAAUUCUUGGGAAACAAUGGAGAGCCUCAUAUGUUGCAAACCAAUAUUUUUGCAAAUGAUGAAGGUGGUAGAGAGCAAAGGCAUACUCUCUGGUUUGAUCCCACAAUCGAUUUUCAUUCAUACGGAGUUCUUUGGAACCAACAUCAAAUAGUGUUUUACGUGGAUGAAAUACCAAUUAGGGUUUUUAAGAACAACUCGAAGGUUGGAGUGAGUUUUCCAUGGCAAGAAAUGCACGUAACAGGUAGCAUAUGGAAUGGUGAACCUUGGGCAUCUAAUGGGAAGAGAAUUGACUGGAACCAAGCACCCUUCACUGCUCACUUUCAAGGUUUCAAUAUUCAUGCCUGCAAGACCCCAAACACCAACAAUUUUUUCUGCUAUUCUCCUUUUUUAUGGUGGAAUGAUCACAAACAUUGCCAAUUAAACCCUCUCCAACAAAAGGCAUACCGAUAUGUCACAAAGAAACAUCUCGUCUAUGACUACUGUUCUGAUAGAGGACAAUUGCAUAAAGAAUGUCAAAUUAAUUAGCUAAUUAAUUCA